AUGAAAAAUGCUUAUUGAUCGGAUUGUUUAACAGUGUUUGGUGUCCUUCUCUGGAAAUUGAUUCUUUUUUUGUGUUUCAUCUGAAUGGAAAAUAGAAAACUGCAUUUGCCCUUUUUUGGAUAAAUUCUUAAUGCCAUCCCUUUUGUGUUCUAUUUGGAUUUUUAUGUGAGAGACAAACAUUUGAAGUGAAAAAUCCAUGGAUCGGGACGCAAGGAUGCAAUGGAAGGCGAUCAUCAAUUAUUCCAAGAUACUGAACCUCUAUAUGAUACAGUUGUGCUUGAUAGUUACUUUGAUGCAACCCAAUUGGAGACGCUCGAUUUUGUUACCCAAGUAGUUAAUGGUGAUGACUGUAUCAAGGGUGUGAGACCCCAUGAAAUAACUGAGUAUGAAGAGGAAGUUGUCCUUGACACUGAAGAUGAAGGUAACUGUUUUGCUGCCAAUGGGAUGUCUGUUUAUAAAACAGACAGAAGAAGAGAAUCACAAAAAGGGUGGUCUUGUCAGGCUUCUUAUGGGUCUGCUGGUGAUACAGACCUUCCUCAGAUGCUAGCCUGUGAUAGACCUAUAGACGAUGAGGAACCUCGAGAGUCAUCUCAAGCAAAAGCACUUAACUUCGUUAAUCACUACCUUUCACUUAACAAUGUGGAUUUAUCUCCAGGAGCUCAGCCUAGAAAUGCCGCCAGGAAGAAAGUUUCUCCUGUCUCGAGCAAAAAGGGUUGUCAAAGUUUGUCUAAACAAAUCAAAGCUAGAAACCAAGCUGGAAAAGUUGGAACCUUUGAAUGGAUUGAUGACAGCAAGAGGACGGAUGCAUGUUUUGGUCUUGGAGCCUCCAGGCAGAGGUCGGAAAAUCAGAAGGCUAGUCAUGCUGACAGUAAAGGAGGAAGCAGCACGGGCAACAAGUGUGAAGAAAAGUCUAUAAGCCUGAAUGAGGAAGUCACAAGUUCACCCCUUUCAGAUUUAAGGAUCUCAGGAUACAGUCCAAAGAAGAUGAGCAGGAUAGAGCAAGGAUCCUUAAUGGAUUUCAAAAACAACUCUGCCAAGCACCCAAAUGAGCAAUUGCAUGAAGUCCAAUUGGUGCAGGAGAUGGAUACUUUUGGAAUUGAAAGAAAUGCACCGGAUAUGUCUGAUGUUGGUUUUAGCACUCAAAUGGCAGCUGAAGCUAUGGAAGCCUUAGCAUAUGGUCUCUCCACAAAUAGCAGUGCAGGCGAUGUUCAUCAUUGUCUACAGAACUUGCAAACCGAUUCUUCAACUGUUGUGACAAAGACUAAAACUCAUUCCAAAAGACCUUUUCCAAAGGGUGGUUGCUCUAAUUUAGAAGGCGUUGCAAGAACAUCAAAGCAAAGAAAGAGCUCUGUUAGAAAAGGAACUUCCAGCUCAUCUCUGAAACACAAAAGUAAUCAGGAGUUGGAUAAUAAAUUGACAAUAGCAACAAAAAGGAAAAGGAGCCAAUCCUCGGCUGGAAGGUUAAAUGGGAUGAACACUACACACCCAAAUGAACAUUCAGCUGGAAAAAAUCCAAAACCAGCCAAGGAAAGAAAGGAAGAGAAAGGUAAUAACAAAAACGACCGUAAAGAGAUUGAAAAUUAUGGGAGUCUCUCUAUGACAUUUGAAAAUAUUUUACUUGGAAAACAGUGUUUUCAGGGGAAGCCUGUUGCUUACCAAACUGAGAGUCGGAUGACAGAAGGUACAUUAGGAGCAACUAAAGAUGGAAGAGAGAAUGUAGGGCAAAUGAAGAAUGAUAUUAUGAAUAGUGGUAUAGUUGCAUUUACAUACAAAAGAAAGAGGAGUCGUUUGGGUACUGAGCCAUCAGACAUGUUGGAUACUGGCGGAAAACAUACUAAAUUGUGUUGCAAUCAACUUAUACAAGGGGAAGCGAUUGCUCACCAAUCUGACCAUUCGAGGACAGGUGGUCAUUUGGAGGAGACUAAAGAUGGGCCGAGUAAUUCAAGGAAAGGGAUGAAUGAUAUCAUGAAGGACAGUCUGAUUACAUACAAAAGAAAGAGUCUUUCAAAUGCCAAGCUAUCUGAAGUGUCGAAUGCUGAAGAAAAACAUGCCAAAUUCUGUUGUAAUAUACCUGAGGUAGCAAGAAACAACAAAUCGACUCAACAAAAUCAAAGAAGCUUAGAGGUAGCUUCGUUAACUAGUUAUUUAAAUUUGAAUGCAUGGAUGUACCCCAAAGGGAAAAGAACGCUUCGGAAACGGCCAAGGCAUUCAAAUGGAGCUAAUAACCAGUAUACCUCAUUCAUAGCAAUAAACCGGAAAGGGGAUUACAAGAAACCAUUUAACAAAAACCUUCCCAAAUCAUCUUUUUUGAAAGAGCUUAUUAGAUUAGGCAUUCCUGACCCAAAACCUGAUUCUAAGUGGAAAGAUUUAAGGAACCGACGAGAUAAGGCAUAUGUCCAAGUUCUGUUUAGCCAGCAUCUGGAUGAUGAUAUCAUCAAGCAACAGAAAAAGAUAUUGGGACGAUUGGGCAUUUCCAUCGCGUCAUGUUCAAUGAAUGCCACACAUUUUAUAGCAGACAAAUUCGUUCGUACAAGGAAUAUGUUGGAAACUAUUGCUGUUGGUAAACCAGUAGUAAAUCAUUUGUGGCUCGAAAGCUGUGGGCAAGCAAACUGUCUAAUUGAUGAGAAAAAUUACAUUCUGAGAGAUGCCAAGAAAGAAAAGGAAAUUGGUUUUAGCAUGCCUAUUUCACUGGCUCGUGCAAGCCAGCAUCCACUUUUAAAGGGUCGAAGAAUCUUGAUUACUCCAAACAUAAAACCUGAAAAAGAAAUGAUUACUAGCUUGGUCAAAGCAGUUCAUGGCCAGGUAGUGGAAAAAGAUCAAAUAUCUGCACUGAAGAUCCCAGAAAAUUUGUUAAUUCUUACAUGCAAAGAAGAUCAUGCAAUCUGCUUGCCUUUCCUUAACAAAGGAGCAGCGGCUUACAGUUCAGAGCUUCUGUUGAAUGGGAUAGUUAUACAGAAAUUGGAAUACGAAAGGCAUCACCUCUUCACUAGUUCUGCCAAGACAAAACGCCGCUCCAGCAAAAGAUGACGGAGCGAAGGUGAAUUUUGUUGACGUAUGUAAUUAACUACUUACUGUCCCCUUUCUCUUCUUUUGCCUGAAAGUUAAUGGAAUAUAGAUGGGCUCUUUUCAUUGUAAAUAUUGAAGCAUCAUCUGUCACCGGUUUAAUGGCGAUUAUAGAACACUGUUGUACAUCAGGUUUUUGUGAAAUUGCAAUAUGCUAAACUGAUUAAGUUUCA